ACGAGUUCCAUUGUCAAGUCAACCUUAUACAAAGUAUUUAUCUAAUUAUACAUUAUAUGCAAUGAUUUGCAUUUUGUAGAAGAAUCUAAAAGAUAAAUCACACAUGAUGGUUUUAUACUAAUAAACUGAAUGAUUAAGCUUAUCAUCUGUGUGCAUAGAGUAAUAACAUAUUUUAAUACCCCUUCCUCGCAAAAGUUGAAAGCACAGUGGAAAAGCUUGUACACAAAAAGCUUUUCAGAGCUAAAAUGCCAAGCAUUUGAGCUAUUCGCAUUUAGUGUGAGUUCGUCGAGUCCAAUACACGCAUCAUGAGCAACAAUCCAAUAAGCGAGUCCAAACUGCAGGAAUACUACGAGGUGGCGCUAGAUCUCGUCAAGAAAUGUGGUCCACUCUUAAUGGAAGGUUACUCCAAGCCGAAGACCGACUAUGUGGUCAAAGCGGACUUCUACGAUUUGGUCACAGUGUAUGACAAACAAAUUGAGGACACUCUAAUUGAGGGACUGCAAAAAGCUUUUCCAGAGUCGCUAAUCAUUGGCGAGGAAGAAUCUGCAGCAGCGCAUCGUCAGGCGGAGUUGACAGAUGCCCCAACUUGGAUCAUUGAUCCCAUUGAUGGCACCACGAAUUUCAUUCAUCGCAUUCCACAUUGCUGCAUAUCUGUUGGAUUGGCCAUUAACAAAGAACUCGUUGUUGGCAUCAUUUACAAUCCGCCGGCUAAUGAAUUGUUCUCAGCGUGGAAGGGACACGGUGCCUACUUGAAUGGAAAUCCCAUUCACACCUCCAAAGUAACCAAGAUCAGCCAAGCGGUUGUUGCCUAUGAAAUCUCAUUGAUACACGCGGGAGCUGUGCGAGACAAGCACUUGAAGCGUGUUUACAAGAUGGGCUCAAAUGCCACUGCCACGCGCAGCUUUGGGAGCGCUGCACUCGCCUUGUGCUAUGUAGCAACGGGUCAAUGUGAUGCCUAUCACGUUGAGGAUCUCAAGCCCUGGGAUAUUGCAGCGGGCGCUGUCAUUUUAACCGAGGCUGGGGGCAACAUUUAUCAUACCAAAGGUGGUAAAUUUGAUGUAAUGAAACCCGAUUUGGUCUGUGCAGCCACAGAGGAGUUGACUAAAGCGGUUAUUCAGUUGAUUGAGGAAGCCAAUCAGAUUACGGAAUAUACAUUCAAGUGAAUUUACUCGCUGCUGACUGAUCUUGUGAUCAAACAUUCAAAAUAAUGGAUCGUUUUGUAAUAAAUAAAAAUUUUAGUAUUCACUAAAA